AUGACUUCGUCAGAGGAGCAGCAGUUGCUGGCGCGCAUCAGCCAGCUUGCCGGCAAGAUCAACCUCCACAAAGCACAGCAAGCUGGCGUCCAGUCCAUUCCCAGUUCCCAGGCAUCAUACCAUCGACACAACCCCCAUCGACAAGGCGGCCAUCCCCACAGGCAUUCCCCGUACCCCUCCUCUCGAGGACCUUCGGGUUUCCGCAACAGAUCUCUUGUGGUCAACAACAGUGGAACGCAAACACCGCCUUCCGACUCGCCUACUCCCGAGGCAUCUGGCUCGACCGCUUCUUCGGGCUCUUGGAUUUCGAAGAACACCCCCGGCCAGAUGUCGCUAAUCAAUUCAGCGGUCUACGAUAAGACCAACGAAGCCACCGCCAAGGCCAUCGAGGCCACUCGACAAAAGAAGCUGCUUCAACGGGAAGCGCGCGAAAGAUCCCAGCUCGCCAACCAUUUCCAGCGAUACGGCGGACACGCGAGUGCUCCGACAACCCCUACUAACACGACAGCUGUAGGGAACCACGAGAUCGAGAUUCAGGGAUUGCGGUAUCGCGUCGCCAACAACGGUAGCAAGCUCGUGAAGGUGUCCGGAGACCUUCACCCCGCCAGUGCAACUCCUAAGGUCACAUACGUUGGAGGCGUCAAAUUCCACCGAAGCAAGAGAGGCAAUCUAUACCGCGCUGGCGUGCUCAGAGCGCAUCGCCACCAUGGCGUAAAGAAGGUCGACGUGCCUUGCAGCAUGUUUUCGCUGACUGGUUCAUGCGCGAAAGGCCCUGCUUGCCGAUACCAACACGACGCGUCGAAAGUUGCCGUCUGCCGGGAGUUGCUUCACAAGGGAACCUGCGCUCAUGAGGAGUCUUGUGAUCUUUCCCAUGACUUGACCCCUCAGCGCACCCCUACAUGUGUUCACUUCAUCAAGGGCAACUGUGCGAACCCCAACUGCCCGUAUGCUCACUCUAGUGUAUCUCCAGGUGCUCUGGUCUGCCGCUCAUUCGGCAUGUACGGCUACUGCGACAAGGGGGAUAACUGCGAAGAGCGACACGUUUUCGAGUGCCCCGACUUUAGCAACACGGGCAAGUGUAAAACCAAGGGCUGUAAGCUACUUCACCGCGAGAGGGCAAGCGUCCUUCGGAAGCGCACAGACGACAACGAGAUGGAGGAUCUGUCGAGCGAAGAAGAAUCGGCCGACAGCGACGACGUGGACUCGGACGAGGUCGAGGAGUUUAUCAACGAUCCUGUUGGUGACGACUCUGACUUUAGAGUUCAAAAGGACUUUAUCGCUUUCUGA